AUGGAGCAAAAUACUGGAAAUAAUGAAUACCCUAGUGUAAACUGGAGCACGACCCUUGAUAUUCCGCUGAAAGACUCGGAAGAAGUGGUGAGCAUUGAUCUAGUUAAUGAUCUUCCAGAGGACCCCGGGGACUUAAAAACACUACUAGUAGAGGAAAACUCGGACAAAGAACACUGGCUGGUGAUUGCUAUUGCGUACAGUCAGCGGGGGUUGCUGAAGGAAUGUAUAAGUUUGUUGCAAAUGGCCUUGGAGGUCUUCCAGGGCCCACAGUCGGGUCCACUCCAUACGUGUUUGACAUGGGCGUAUUUAAAACAAGCAAAGCAACAAGGUAUGCAGCAGGCGGAUCAAGAGUUAAGUUUGACCCAAGCAGAGCACCAUCUCAAAGAAGCGAUUGGCUACGAUCCCUCGGGUGUUGGAAACAUGCUUGCGACAAUAGACCUAUAUUACCAGCGCCGUCAGUACGACAAGGCCUUAGAGACAUCUGAGCUGUUUGUUCGCGGCAUCCACGCCGAGGACCAACGUCUAGGACGCUUGUCUAGACCAAAUGUGCUUUUCUUGCUGGUCAUGGCCAAGCUUUUCUAUCAAAAGAAAAACUACACUGUAAGCUUGAGACUUUUCCAAGAACUUUUGGUGCUUAAUCCGGUUUUAAAGCCUGAUCCAAGAAUCGGAAUCGGUAUGUGCUUUUGGCAGCUCAAGGACCACAAGAUGGCAAUUCGUUCUUGGAAGCGAAGUCUGGAGCUGUCCCCUGAAAAUGCUAACCUCCAAAUCUUGCUUUUACUAGGCGACUUUCACUCGGCAUUGACACAAUCGGAAGACGACGACGAGUUUAAGCAGAAGUAUACUCUCGCACUCACACAAAUGGGCCAAAUAAUGUCUUCAAACCUGCAAAAUCCAGCUCUUUUAGUGCUGUAUCAAGCGUACUGCUAUCUUAAAUCGGAUCACCAAAAAAGUAUAGAAAUUUACGAGAAGCAAGUGUCCCCCUUUGCCUCCGGAAUCUCCGAUACCGUUUUGUCUGAAUCCGCUUUCUGGUGCGGAAGAGGUUACUAUGCUUUGGGAGAGCCUCGUAAGGCGUUCCAUUUUUUCCAAGAAAGUUUAAAAGCUAACGAAGAGAAUCUUUUGGCCCGCUUUGGCUUGGGUCAAACGCAGAUACAAAACAGCCUGAUCGAAGAAAGUAUUCUAACUUUCGAGAACCUCUACACAUCGCAUGAAAACUUACAGGAAAUUAACUACGUGCUAGGACUGCUAUGUGGCGCGAAGUGUAUGGAUUCCAAGACCUCUGCUGCGAUGUCCCCUGUAGAAAGGAGUAAACUCCUGGAAAAGUCCAUCAACUACCUGGAGAAAUACAUCAAACUCACUAGAGCGAAAAAAAAUCAGCUGGUCAUCUUAAAGGCUUACUUAGUUUUAUCUGAGCUCUAUCAACUUCAGAAUUCAUACAAGCAAUCUUUGGAAGUGUUGUCUCGUGCUGUCGAUCAAUUGGAAGCUGCUGGUGAUAACUCCAUACCUCUCGAAAUUUACAAUAACUUGGGUUGCUUUCACUUCAUCAAUGGUGACAAGACAGAGGCCGAUAAGUUUUUUGAGCAAGCUUCUAAUUUAUCAAAAAUUGACGGCGACAACAAGGCGGUUUCAAUUACAAUCCUAUACAAUAAUUCGAGGUCCGCAGAAUUUGAAGAUACGGAAAAGGCCAUUCACAAUUACCAAAGUCUUUUAGCAGCUCAUCCGGGUUACGUGCAUGCGAGAAUAAGAUAUCUUUCUUUAAUGAUAAUGAAAUCAAAGGGCGAAGAACUUGACGAGCAAGUGAACGAGUUGUUACAGCAAAACCCCUCAGACCUUGAUACACGUUCUUUCUACAGUUGGUUUUUAAAAAAUGGUUCCAAGUCGAACAAGAAUGAGAAAACUGAGAAGUUGGAAACGAACCACAAUCGUGAUACCCUAACAAAGUAUGACUCUCAUGAUGCAUAUGCGCUAGUUUCUUUAGCAAACUUGUAUGUGACUAUAGCUAGAGAGUCCAAAAAGUUGCCAUCGUCAAAAGAGCAAGACAAAUCAAGACAAUCUUUCGUCAAAGCCAUUCAGCUGCUCCAAAAAGUCUUACAAGUUGACCCUUAUAAUAUCUUUGCCGCGCAAGGAUUGGCUAUCAUAUUUGCUGAAAAUAAAAGAUUUGGGCCAGCUCUUGAAAUCUUAAGAAAGGUCAGAGAUUCCUUAAACAAUGAGUCUGUUCACAUUAAUUUGGGUCACUGUUUACUAGAAAUGCAGGAAUAUGCCAAAGCUAUCGAAAACUACGAAGUUGCAUUCAGACAAUUUGCAAAUGAAGCUAGUAAACCUCUGCUUUUGAACUUACUUGGACGUGCUUGGUACUCUCGAGGUGUGCGGGAAAAGUCGUUAGAGUGUUUCGAGAAAUCUCUAGAAUAUGCUCAGGAAGCAUUAGCUGCCGAGUUACAGAAGGAGAAUGCUGCUAUGCUACAAAGCGUUAAGUUCAACGUUGCAUUACUGCACUUUCAGAUCGCAGAAACUCUGCGUAGAAUGUCACCCAAGGAGAGGACCCUCGCUAAGCUGGAGGGCGCUUCUUCGGGCCUAGACACCGCAUUGAAUCUGUUCAAAGAAUUGAUUAAUCAAAAGUCUACCAUCAUGCCUAUAGAUGAACUUGACCAGCGCUUGCAAUUGGGUGAAACUACAAUGAAGAGUGCACUAGAAAGAUGUGUCACUGAGCAAAAAGACUAUGAAGCUGAAGCGGCUGCAAAAUUGGCCAAUGCCAGGAAGACAUUCGAAGAAAGUGAGACGAAAGAACGUGAACAUCGCAAGCAGUUGGAAGAGCAAGACCGUAUACGGAUUGCAAAACAAACUGAAGAGUACAACAAGCUUCAAGAGGAGGCGCGCAAGUUGAUGGAAGAGCGUAAUGAAAUGAGUGCAAUGGAGGAAGAGAAAGAUAAAAAUCCACCGCUGAGCGGCGACGAAUAUUCUCAAGAAAAUGGCGAAAACAAGAAGAAGAAAAGGGCAAAGCGCACCAAGAAGUCGGACGAAUCAAAACAAGCUCCUAAAAAAAAGAGGCGUACCAAGAGAGCAGUAGUCGACGACGAAGACGAAAACGACGACGACGACAAUGGUGGAGCAAAUGAUGAACCUGAUGUUGGCAAAGAAAGUUCAGAAGCGACGAAGCCCGGAAAAAAGACCAAGUCGCCUUAUCUUUCGAAGGAGUUCAUCGACGAUAGCGACGAAGACGAUGAAGUUCCUGCGGAGAAUGCAGAUGAAAAGUCCGCAGAGCCUACGCCGAAAACUUCUGACGGGGAAAAUGAAGAGGAAACUUUGUUUUGA